AUGUAUCCUAAUCAACAAUAUACUCAACGCGGCGGAGGACCAAGCGGUCAAUAUCCACCACAGCAACCACCUUAUGGAGUUGGCAAUAUGGUACCAGGCCAUCAACAAAAUAUGUCAGGACCCUAUGGUGGUAAUCAGGGUGGAUUUGGAGGUGCUGGUGCAGCUCCUUUCAAUCAAGGUGGAUUUGGUGGUGUCCCCUAUAAUCAAGGAGGAUUCGGAGGUGCCCCUUACAAUCAAGGAGGAUAUCCUCAGGGACAAAGUGGUGGAUCUGGACCUGGAGGUUAUCCAUCGUCGAAUCAGCAACCAUAUGGUGCUAAUCCGCACCCACAAAAUUUCGGCCCCCCAGGAGCUGGAUAUCCACCAGCACAAGGCGGUGGCUAUGGUCCUAGCUCGGGUAAUUUCAUGUCAAAUGAUCAACGUGCACAACGAUUAAAUCAAAUUAUUCGACAAUAUGAAAUCAAUCCACAAUUUGCUGCACGUCUACAAUCACUUGGAAAUUGUGAAGUUGUUGUUCUAUGUGAUGAUUCAGGCAGUAUGAAUACACUAUUGCAAGGUACUAAUCAAACACGAUGGGAUGAACUCAAGUCUCUUGUCAAUAUCGUUGUUGAUAUCUGCUCUGUUAUGGAUUCAAAUGGUGUUGAUGUUUAUUUCUUAAAUCGAGAUCCUAUGCUUAAUGUUAGCGAUACACGCAACGUUCGUCAAAUAUUUAAUAUGCUUCCACAAGGUUUAACACCACUUGUUCCAGCAUUACGAAGAAUUAUUGCAGCUAAGCGUAAUCAAACAUUUGAAAAGAAAUUAUUAAUUCUUAUUGCUACUGAUGGAGCACCGACAAAUGAAUAUGGUCAACCUGAUGUCGGUGCAUUAGAAGCUGUUUUACGUCAGGAACGUACACAACAAACUUAUGUCACAUUCUUAGCAUGCACCGAUGAUCUACCAACAGUAAACUAUUUAUCAAAUUGGGAUAGAUUAAUACCUAAUGUGGAUGUUAUCGAUGAUUAUCGUUCGGAACGUGCUGAAAUUCAACGAACACGUGGUGGAAAUUUUCCAUUUUCGUAUGGUGACUAUAUUGUUAAAUCCUUACUUGGUGCUAUUGAUCCUUGGUUUGAUUCAUUGGAUGAUCGAGCAUAG